CUUGCUCUUUCACUCCUGUUGCGUCCAUUGCUGACGAAGAUCAAAUAGUCGAUUUUCCUAUGGCAUAUGUUCGCCUUCCAGUCACUUGUAAUCAGAUCAGCUUGGCUUACCUAUCUACUCAAUCAGAGUGUUCAAUAUAUACCUCUUCGCCUCACUUUGACCGACUUCUAGUGCUCGCUCUUGACUAUCUUACACAUAGGCUUCAUGCAGUCAAUCUAUCUUUGCCGUUGUCUUCCCUACCUGCCUUCUCAAAUGGUCGGACGUCGGCGCUCCGCCGUCUGACUUCCAACGACCCUCCCUCGAGUGGGACAGUCAUCAUGCAGCUUUGCUCCUCUUUUCUACUGUUGCCUUAUUUCCUGUUGGCCACCAGUCUUCGUAAGCAGCUGGUCUGUGCGUCACUCCGAGGCCUAUUCACAAGUCCCGGACAAGAAAAUCCGCUAAUAGGUAAGCUGGAAAGCCGUUACAAAAAUCAGGAAAAUUUCCAGAUCCCAGCAAUUUCACUUGAACCAUGA